AUGCCAAGUUAUGGUCAACUUUUUAUUGUGGAUAAUAAUGAAGCAACAGAAUGUCGAUUACAUCGAAAUUCGAAUCUUGAUAAAGAAAUUUUACAUUUAAUAGAUAAUAUAAUGCGUACGAAUAAUGUUUUUGCACAAUCUUACCGAAUGAUGCAUAAAGAAAUUGAACAAAUCACUGAAAAUAAUAGUAUACGUGAAUUACAAUUGAGAUUUUUGACAAAAAAAGGCAUUGAUCGUGGCCGAUACAAUGUGCAAAGAGUAAAUGAAGUUGCAGCUGUUUUUUCUACUACAGCAGAUGGUGAAAUUCCGGAAACUUAUGUAACAAUAUAUAAUAAAAAUGAGAAAACGUUACAACAAGUCAGUACAAUGAAUCCAAAUGUAGAACCAUGGAUUUAUCCAUUAUUCUAUCCAUAUGGUAAUCAAGGAUGGCAUGAUAAUUUACAACGUAAGAAUUGUAAUAAACGAAAUCAAAAACAAUUACGAGCUGAGACUUAUCAAGGAUUAAUUGAUUAUUUAGCAAACACCGCCAAUAAUAACAAUGCUCAUAUUGGAAAAAUGAUUAUACUUCCAUCGACAUUUGUGGGUUCACCGCGUAAUAUGUUGCAACAUUAUCAAGAUGCAAUGGCUAUUGUUCGGAAAAAUGGAAAACCAGAUAUCUUUGUUACUAUGACUUGUAAUCCAAAUUGGCGCGAAAUUAAAGAAAAUUUACUUCCAAAUCAACAACCUGCAGAUAGGCCAGAUAUAUGUGCUCGGAAUUGUAAGAUAUCAAAUUCUGAAAUAGUUGAUAAAUUUAUUUCUGCAGAAAUUCCUGAUCCUAAUGAAAAUGAAAGUUUACAUAAUGUUGUAAUGAAACAUAUGAUUCAUGGACCAUGUGGAAAUUGGUGUUUGAUAAAUGAUAAAUGUUCAAAACAUUUUCCAAAACCAUUUCGACCUGAGACGACUAUGGAUGAAGAUGAUUACCCGCACUAUCGUCGAAGAAAUAAUGGAUUGCUGUACGAAAGACCUGGACGAUACGUUGUUGAUAAUCGAUAUGUUGUUUCAUUUAAUCCAACUCUUUUACUUUUAUUCAAUAGUCAUAUUAAUGUUGAAAUAGUUUCGAGAGCUACAAGUUUUCAAGAAUUAAGAACAGUUAAUAACGAAACACAUCAAACUUUUACUGCCGCAUGUUUAGCAUUAGAACUCAUAGAAGAUGAUGAGGAAUGGUAUCGUGCAAUGAAUGAAGCGAAAAUUUGGAUGAUGCCAAGACGACUUCGUAAUUUAUUUGUACGAAUUUUGAUUCAUUGCCAACCAGUUCAUCCAAAGAAAUUAUGGGAUAAGUUUAAAAUAGAUAUGUCGGAAGAUUAUGCAAGAAGAUUUGGACCUAUAAUAGGAAUAAAGAAAGUUUAUAAUUAUAUUACUAAUGUGCUUCAAAUGGAAGGUUCGAAUAUUGCUAAUUUUCCUGAAUUAGAACAAGAAAUUAUUGAACAAGAAAUAAAUAAUGAAGAACAAAUUGAGGAAGAUACAUCGAUAGACAGAGGCACAAAGUUAGAUUAG